AUGCAAACGUAUUAUCUGUUCAAACAUUUAUUUUCCCGCCGAAGAACAUCGCAAUUCAACUGCACUUUGAAUUUAACCUACUUCAGCCGCUAGGGCUAAAGUUCAACUGAACUAACGGAAUGUGGAGUCGCAGCAUAAGUGUGACACACAAUCGUCACGCGCGCCAAGGUCGCCUAAAACGAUGCCAGCAAGCAAUCGCUUACGCAUCCAAAACGCGGAAGAAGGAAGGGGGUAAACGAAACAAUAGAGUUGAUAAACAAGUUGUUGAGUCGACCGACCGUUGGCCGUCAAGCCAGAAGCAUUCGAAGGACGGUUGAAGAUUGUCGCGCGAACCUAAAUCUAAAGCUAACGGCUAAACAUUCGCUUCGAAAUCACAUAGGGACUUAGAGCGUGAUCCCUUGGAUGGAAUUGGUUCAGUGCUUCACCACUUUGCCGAGGUUCGAUUACGUUCCAGCAUAUUCAUGGUGAAAAUAGUGAUUGUAAAACCAGCACCAGAUCUGUACACGAUCUUCACUAGCAACACGCAGCACCAGUUAUGCCAUCUUCUCGCAGCUGUUGCUGAGAAUGGACUGUGAAUGAGCACAGUGACGCUUAUCCUAUCUACGAUUACGAAUGAUUACAUCAAUGGCAAUCAGCAGUAAUCAGGUGCUAGAAAGCACACAACGGGUGAUCUCUCCACGCGACAUCAUAGUCACAGUUAUCUGAGUGAUGUGCUUGUAUGCACCCCUUACCCGUGACGACCGUGUACGAGAUUCGCUAACAAAGGUCCUGCUGUGCCAUGAUGCACCCUUGCAAUACAUCAAAGUUCGCUCGGACGGUGUGUGAUCUGCUGCAGUGAUCGAUUGGUUUCUAGAAAAAAAGAAGGAAAGAACGUGUCCAAACUGCGACAAAGUCAACGGUUGUUUGCUGGCCAGAUCCUGCGAUGGAACGAAGAAGUUUGAAAAGUUCGCGGUGCGGGGGUAGCAUCACAUCUACGCCCGGUCCUAUGCGUAUGUGGUGCGCGUUGCUGGGUGCCGCGUUUACGCUGGAAAGCAAGCUGCUGGAACGAAACUACCUCAACGGAAAUCGGACCGACGAGUGCACGAUUUGCACGCACGAUAUUGAUGCGAGUCAGCGAAUGGUGGCCCUGUGCGGUCACACGUUCCAUCGGUGCUGUGUGAUGGUAUGGAUGCGCACCUACGGUUACUGUCCGGACUGUCGUCCGAGCAGAGUGUAAUCCGAUUGAACGUGAUGAUUGAACAUUGUGCGCAUACAGCUGGCGCGCGUCUCAGUGGCAUACAUUGUAACGCUUGGAUCGUUCCAAGGGGUUUAUAGAUAAGUUAAUCACCGCCAAGACUGUCCCGGAAGUGCUAGAUGACGCUAAUGGGCUUAAUAAAACAAUUUAAACUACCAUAA